AUGAUCUCACAAUUCAUAGGGUGCGUGAGUGUGACUGUUUGCCUCAUUCUGGUAGUAAUUGUCUACUGGAGGAUUUAUAUAAUUUUAAAGCGACACAAAAAUCAGAUUGAAGAACUUCUGAUCCAAGAAGUACAACAGGGAGUUAAAAAUGGCGACUUAUCAAACUUUUUGCGGAAGCUUAGAAGGUCAGCUCUUGGAACAUUUUACGCAUGUAUUGUGUUCUUGAUUUGUUAUUUGCCUUCCUAUAUUCUCUCUUUUUUAUUCAUGGCUCGCCUUUUAAGUUCAAUCUCUUACAACAAUGCUUGGCCCCAUACAACGACUUUGUUUUUCCUCAACUCGUCUUUGAACCCUGUUAUUUACUGCUGGAAGAUGGGACCCAUUCGUCGCGCUCUCAUGGACAUAAUGCGAGGCAUCGUCAAUCGGUUCAGACAAUAGCAUUUGUUUUGAGGAAUUGUUGUUGUAAAUAUAAGCUUCUAGAAAUGUCCAGAAUGCUUAGUCAUGCUGACAUGUGCACCAUAGAACUUUCUAGAACAUUUGAUCAAGUCACACAACUAUUACGUAAUACUACUAAAAUAGUUCUUUUGUAAGCUUCUGGAAUGUUCCAGAACACUUUGUGGAUGUAUAUAAGGACCCAGUUGUGUAGUUGUAAUAGUUGUUGUUGCUGUCGGGAGUGACCGACUUUUGAGAAAGCUAUACCGUGAGAGAGAGCUAGAGUGGAAGAUUGCUAAUUUCAAGAAACGUUUGAGGAAACUGUGAGUUCUUCUCAACGUCGAGCUAAGAUAUAGACUGUGGUGGGCUAAAGUAAGUUGAUGGAGUAUAAGUACUAUACUGCCUCUAAGAGUCACUCCUUAUUAAGAAAUCACUCGACAAAUAAAGUAGUUGGGUUUGUGGGAUUGAAGCGUUUUUCUGUCGGUUAGAUUAUACUGUAACACAUUGAUUGGGUUCGUUUCUGAUGCCAAUUCACUGUGCUUAGGAUAAGAGCCUCGGCCAUCGUCAAAUUAAACUUGAUUGUCGAAAGUGCGUAAGGAAAACUGAGGGAGGAUGUGCUUUAACGGUUAGGAAAACUACACAGUGAGGUACUAUAAAGUCAAGCAUAAGAAAGUAUCAGUUGUAGUUUUAAACGUAUUUUGUAUGAGAAAUUUGAAAAUGACCAGAAAGCUUCCUCGCUACUUGAAAUAUUAUUUCAAAGUCAUGUCAUCAUUUGACUUAUGUAUUUUUAAUUGUCGAUAGGAUACUAAAUUAUCAGUUAACCCGAUGUUUAGGUCGAUAGUGUAAUAAGGGCCACAAGUUCAUCAGUGAAUUAAAUAUACAAAACCGACGUUUAGGUUGCAGCUUAUAGUUUAAAGUAAUAAGGGACUAAACUUGGUGGUUGUCCGUCAUCAAAGUCUUUUUAGUAACCCGGGCACUUAUUUACAUAGGCAAAGAGAGAAGGCCUAUGCAUUUUAUGCAAAUUACACGAAAUACAAGGAUCUCUGCGCUUUUUACCAAGACAGUUAGUCCGUAAGCCUCAAUUUUCCACUAUUUUUUAAAUUGUACCCUGCGCUAAUCACCGCUGUUCUCGGCUACUCUCAUUGUUUUUGUUAUAUUGGAACUUUUUUUAGUGUUUGUCUACCACAGGACACAAAUACUUAUUUUAAAAUAAACAAUACUCUUUCAAGGUGAAGAGACCUCAGAUUACAUGAAGUAGCUUCUUAAUAACUCCAGUCGGCGGAAGAUCGAUUCCUCAGAUCCCCCUGUGCACACCCAGCAAAGGACAAACUGAACAGUUUAUUAGGUCCUGUCACCCAAGUAGAAGAGGACGUUGACAGAAUACAAACGCUGCUUAAAGAAACAUUUUAUUUUAACUAUUUUAUAGAUAAUUUAAUUUCUUAUUUCACAUUAGUUUUUACAUUUAUUUGUAUGUAUACAUAUAAACAUCCCCUUCGUACAAUGUACCUUUAUUCCAAAAGCCCUUUUGGGACAACCUAAGUAUGUCAGUCUAUAUUUGUUAACCGCCAUUUCUGAGAUAUUAGUUUACGCGAUUUUUACCUACGUUGUUUUGCUCACAAGAUUGCGAAUAAAUAACUACCUCGUCCUCCUUUCCGUCGAAAUACAUUUCCCAUCCCUCAUUGGAACCUCUUCUUUGGUUUUUCUUCCCCUUCUGAACGGCGUUGAAAGAUUGAGUUCAGAAAAAGUAAGUUCAGUGAAUAAAACUUGAACCUUCUGCAAACCAAGCGCGUUCAAUAAGGUUUCCGCGUUGCUCUCAAUCUGGUGGCGUCCAUGGUUUUAUAUGCAUUUGAGGACAGCGUUUAGAAGCAGGAUAGGUUAUUGUUUUGAAUCUCGAGACCCAAUAGGUACUUCCUGAUACUGUAUGGUUUCUAAAACAGGAGCAUAAUUCUCCCUUCACAAAAUCGAUUUUUCAAAGUCGAACGUCACCUUGACUUUAAUGUCAUUGAUAAGCGGACAACGUCGAAAGUUGGACGGAGUCUUACGACAUCCAGAAUUUGACAGAGCCGAUAAAUAAGACGGAGCCAGAUUGAUACCUCGCAAAGGGAGUUAAAAUUGGAUGGAGUUUCCAUCUGGACGAGGUCCCGAAUGGAACGGAGCCCUGAAUUGGAAUUUUCAAUUAACGGAAUGAGUCUCAUUCCAACCAACAUUAAAUGAAAAACUGAAUGCCAGAAAAUGCCUCUCUAAAAUUGGAAUGCGCUUGGAAUAAGACGGUGGAUUGCAGAAUGAAUAUCGCUCUCACAGUCCAAAAUCAUGGCUUACGAUAGGUGUAUACUUUUCGUUGUGUGUCUAGUAUAGCGUGUCGAAUUUGUCUCAUCCUUCAGCCGAAAAUAGCAGGGUUUAGUGAUGAAUUGAAGAACAUAAGCGCAUGUCUAUAAAGUGAAAAACUAGUUGUUACAAUAUUGGGGCCGGUAAUUGCACGGGCAGCCAAAAGGAUAAAGCGAGGGAAAUAUCAAACCAAGAACGCAAAGUAAAGGUAUAAAACACCGACAGCAGUUUUCAUGAUCCUUGCUACAUCUCGCUAUUUUGUCCAACUUACGCCUCUAGUUUUCGUGGUUGCUGAAUUUGCCUUUUGUGGCGUCGUGUAAUAAAACAGAUCUUGUAAUAGAUUGCUGUAGUGACAAGAAGGCAAAAGGUUCCAAUACCUGACAUGAUUACCGUGAGUACAGCAUAAGGAACGAGGAAUAUUGUCGAAUUCCUAUGUAAAGGUAGGAAUCCCUUCUCACCUCAUUAUAAACAGUGCCACAUGGAAGUUCUGUCCAUUUGCAUUCAUAUGAUUGCACGUAUGGAUGAUUCCAUAAUAUAUAGCACCACAUAAAAUUUUUUUGUCCAGCAUAAUGGCACAAGAUCCACGUGGAGUGUUCUUAUGCGCACAAUUUUUAGGGUUCUGCAUUUUCAAUAUAACCUGAAUUCAAAAUUCUCUAUUUGCAAUAGUGAACAAACUUUAAUCAGCAGAUUAUUUAGAGAGAAAAAUUAAGGAAAAUCAUUUUGUUUAUUUAUUAGUAAAGUGGCAACUGGCUUUAAUUUGCUUCCGAGUAGUUGACAGAUGGAGCAAGACUCUUGACCAAUCACUUUACGAUGUAAAGCGAAACUAUUACGAUCCAUGAAACCGCUCAUUUGCAGACUUCUUUUCACUUAUGUACGAAAUAAAUUUAUAGUCCUGUCAUUUGCCUAUUUGUUGUUUUUUUUAUUAUUUCUUUACUUACUGACUCUAACAGUCUAAAGUUUUUCAUAUUUAAACAUAAAAUCGCAUUUUUCACUUCUAAUUUACAUGAAUUAAUGUUAGAAAAAUACAAGCCCUCCUUUUUUAUUUACAACAGCCGUCAACAUAAACAAUAACCAAACUUCUUGUAUUCUUUUCGCUUAAGUGCUUUAUGCAGAAUUAGCGUUUGAUAAAAUGUCUUAUCUGUAUUUCUUUUGGUUUAAAUAUGUAAAAAUACUGUCUCUGAAUAUGUCUUCCGUGUAUCCAAACGAAUUUAGAAAUAGGGAAACAUAUUUUAAGCGUUCUUUUAUUAAUUGACCAUAAUGUUUCGUUUAUUCACUUUGAUAGAUGAAAAAUAUGUAAAUGACAGCUCUCUUUUAAAUUACCUUUUUUCAGGUAAAAAUCCCAUGUUUAGUUAAAAUGUCUUGAAGCAUUAAACACAAAAUUUGUUUUAGUUCUAACCAGCGCCGAGUGAAAGCGAUACUCGAUGCUUUUUUCAAAAAUACAAAUGACAGAGUUGAAGACAUUUUGACUGUACGUACAGAUGGCUUCGAUUAUGUUCUAUCCUCGUGAUUGACAGCUAAGUAUGACUUUAAACUUUCUGUAUUAAAAUAUCCAAAAAUAUCAGAGCCACUGUAGUUUUGACGUUCAGCUCUCAUGGCGAAAAAAGUUUGCGAUAUUCUCAACGAGUCUCUUUAUGGAACCUCAGCGGAUUUUGAAGAUUUUCGUCCGGCACUUGUCGCUAAUUGUGUUUUCAACAGCUUUUUGUCUUAUACAAACAUCUUUUUGAACAUUAUUACCAUCCAAGCGAUAAUGAAAACCGUGUUGUUGCCAAAACCUUUGAGAACAUUAUUACUGAGCCUAGUUGCCACCGAUGUUGGGGUUGGUCUGUUGGUCCAACCACUCUACAUUUCUACCUUGGCCGGCAGGUUAAAACAAAAACGUAUCGACUGCAUUUACGACAAGGGGUUGUCCGUCGUCACCAAUUUCUUUUGUAUAUCCUCGUUCUUUAAUGUUGUAACCAUAAGUGUGGACAGGUUUUUAGCUGUUCAUCUUCAUCUCAGAUAUCAAGAACAUGUCACUCACAAGCGCGUAAUUGCCGCCGUGAUAUCAACAUGGCUGUUAAGCGCAAUUAUUUCUUCUUAUGUCUUUUGGGAUCCGUUGUUUAUCAUCUCGCAAGUCAUAGGGCUCGUGAUUAUAACUGGCUGCUUCAUUCUGGUAGUAAUUGUGUACUGGAGGAUUUAUAUAGUCUUAAAGCGACACAAAAACCAGAUGGAAGAACUUCAAAUCCAAGAAGUACAACAGGGAGUUCAAAAUGGCGACUUAUCGAACAUUUUAAAGCUUAGAAAGUCAGCUUUUGGAACAUUUUAUGCAUGUAUUGUGUUCUUGAUUUGUUAUUUGCCUUCCUAUAUUCUCUCUUUUUUAUUCCUGGCUCGCCUUUUAAGUUCAAUCUCUUACUACAAAGCUUGGCCCUAUACAACGACUUUGUUUUUCCUCAACUCGUCUUUAAACCCUAUUAUAUACUGCUGGAAGAUGGGAUCUAUUCGUCGCACUCUCAUGGACAUAAUGCGAGGCAUCGUCAAUCGGUUCAGAGAAUAGUUCGUUUCUGAUGCCAGUUCACAAUGCAUAAGAUAAGAACCUUGGCCAUCGCACGCUUAAACUGGAUUUAUCAACGACAACUGAGAGACCAAGAACUUUAACGGUUAGGAAAAUUACACAAUAGAGUACUCCAGAAUCAAGCGUAAGAGAGUAUCAGUUGUUAGUUUCAAGCGCAUUUUGCGUGAGAAAUUUAUAAAUAACCAGAAAGUUUCUCUGUUACUUAAAAUAUGAUUUUAAGGUUAUCAUCAAUUGAUGUAUGUAUUUUUAUUCGUCGAUUGGAUAAUAAAGUUAUAACCUUGUGAAGUGUAUAACUUGUGAAUUAAAUACAAAACCGAUUUUUUUAGGUCGCCUUAUAAUGUAAUAAGGGCCACGAGUUCAUCAGCGUUUUUACUACAGUUAAAUGUAACCCUCUUUAAAUAAAGCCUCUAAAUGCUUGCGAUCACGCAUAGACUUCCAGAAUUGAGUUGUGCAGUUUCUUAUCUAUAGAAUAAUAUUAAGUCGACUAGACUUGAUGGUUGUCCAUUCUACAAAAAUUCUUAACCUUGUCAAUAGUAACCCGAGCACGUACGUACUCAGGAAAAGAAUGACGGUUAUGCAUUUUAUGCUAAUUGCACAAAGUAAGAGGAUCUCUACGCCUUUCACUCAGACGGUUAGUCCGUUUUAAAAGAUUUAGCCUCAAUUUUCACCUUUUUAAUUGGAAGUGAGUCUCGCUGUGAUGCAGCGUAAGCGGGACUUAUAAUUUAAUUUGGAAUUCUUAAAUUAUAUGGGAGGUUGCCUUAUGUUUUCCUUUGAGAGCUGUUUGUCUCACCUACAUAAAUCUGGUUUCUCUAUUUUUGUUUAUGUAGCAAGCUAAAUACGUCACACAUCAUGGUUCUUACUUAUGAUUUACUAGAGGACGGACACAAAGAUGACUUCACUAUGAACGACUUUUUUCUUUUUUUUAUCAAAUAACACAAAUGGACUCCAUUUUGCUGUGGGUCUGUACAGUAAUAGAUCACAUGACCUUACAUAGAUUAUGACGUCAUCUCUGAUCUGUUACUAUGAGUAGCGAGAUUUGAUCAAAGAUGUACCUCAUGUGCAAUUUCAUAUCUACUCGUGUAGGAAGCAAUGCUCAUCUGAAUUUUAGUAAUAGGAAUUAUAGUAAUUAUUGGGAUUUCUCGUAAUAACAUUUCUUGGCGCCUUACUUUUAUUACGAGGCCAUCUGAUGUCCUUUAGCCGAAUUCGUUUGAUUCGUUUCGAUCGCUUUUUGCAUGAUUUAUUUUUUAUUGUCUGAGCAUCUGGCAGAAUUUUCAAUACCAUCUUCAUUCUACUAUGCACGGGUAUUUUGAAUCGUUUUUAACAACAACCUUCUUGAAACACGUAAAUCGCUCUGACGAAGGGCUAAGGCUCGAAACACCAGCUUUAAAACUCUUUACGGUGGCCAAUUUACGUUAUCAACUCAGUUCAUAAUACUAAAUUACCCUGUUAUACUCUUCCACCGACGCAGCGGCACAGUUUCUUAAGAAAAUUACCGUCCUUAAUUAAAAUAUAUAUUAAGCAAGAUAGAAAAACAACCAAACGGAAAGGAUGAACCUAAAAUUUCACAGUGUGUUUGAGGGUUGCGUAUAUUUGCGCCUAUUGCAAAUGACAAUCUUAUGACAAUUUACUUUUAGGGGGUUUGAAGGAAGGCAUUAGCCCCAUUCCUCUCCCGGUCGAAAAUUGCGGAAAUGAGACUGAUGACGAGUGUAGUUUGGAUUCAAAUUGUUUUCAUGAAACAAAAUGCUGUUCGGAUUCUUGUCAGAUGUUGUGCGUUCAGCCUCCACGAAGUCUCCUAUAUUUCCUUUGUUGUCGCCUUUCAUAACUUAGGGACUUUGAAAGUAUAAACAGAGAGGUGCCAAAAAAGGCUUAGUGAAACAAUGCCCCUGCGCCCCCUCCCCCCAAGAAAAAGUUGAAAAGUGUGCUACUCAAGCAAUUGAAUUCCUUGAAAGUGGAAGCCUUAACUUUUUCUGUAAUUAACAGACCUCGUAAGUGCGCCGUCUAAGUCUUUCAGUUAAACGGCCAAAAUCGGCUAAUGGCAAAUCUUGCAAUUGUCGAUUUUCAUUCCCAGCCGAGAGAAAUGCCAACACCAAAGCCACUGAAUACGUAACUUUCGGUUUCUUUUUGAAUAUUGGUUUUCUUAUCCUUCUAAAGAAGUUUUUAGAGUUUUAGCCGCCAUAAUUCGUUAAAGUUCCAACAAAUAACUUGUAUUGAGAAUCGUGAAGGCUUUGCCGUUCAUUCAUCAACCUGACCAAGUGGCGCCAAAGGCCAGCACGUGUCAGCAGCUAAUUGGCUAUAUCCGCACACAUGAAAAAAUACCAUAUUUUUUCACGUGUGUUGUUACGACUUUUCUCAGGGCCGGAUAUCCCUUUAUAACAGCGCAGUUUAUGUGAUAAAAGAUGUUAUCCAGGCCAGGACCACCUUGUACCGCAUAAUUAACUGUACCUCAUUUAAGUGCUACGUUUUAGCUUUCAUUUAAAUGGUAAAACACUAGAUUGUCAUCCACACCAAACUAGAAUCACCUAGGACAGUAUAUUAAAAAAAAAAAUUAACACGCUUCAUUUGAAUGCGUCUUAUUCACGGGCGUAAAGAUAGGAAUUCCUUCUCACCUCAUUGCAAACAGUACCAUUUGCAUUUAUAUGCAUGAUUGCACACACAUAUAUAUGGUUGCAUAACAUACAGAACCUCGUGACAACAGUCUUCGUCAAGUAUAAUGGCACAAGAUUUAGAUGGAGUAUUCUGACUUAUCCAUACAAUUUUCAGGGUGCUGCUUUUUCAAUACAACCUGAAUUCAAGAUCCUCUAUUUGCAAUAGUGGACAAACUUCAACCAGCAGAUUAUUUGGAGAGAAAAAUUUAGGAGAAUCAUUUUGUUUAUUUAUUAACAAAGUGGCGACUGGCUUUAAUUUGCUUCCGAGUAGCUGACAGAUGGAGCAAACUUCUUGACCAAACCGAAACUAAGACAAUCCCUGACACCGCUCAUUCGCAGACUUCUUUUCAAUUCUGUACAAAAUAAAUUUACAGUCCUGUCAUUUGCCUAUUCGUUGUUUUACUAUUCUUUCUUUACUUACUGAACCUAACAGGCUAAAGUAUUUCAUGUUCCAACACAAUAUCGCAUUUUCCACUUCUAAUUUACGUGUAUUAAUGUUACAUUUAAAAUACCAGCCCUCAUUUUUUAUUUACAUUCGUCAACAUAAACAAUAGUCAAACUUCCUGUAGUCUUUCCGUUUAAGUGCUUGAUGCAGAAUUAUUGUUUGAUGAAAUGUUUAAUCUGUAUUCCUUUCGGUUGAAAUAUGUUAAAAUAUUACAUGGCCAUUGCAUGACUUUUUCUGAGCUCAGUGCUGUUCAUGAACUAAAGUGGUUCCGGGACUUGAGAGGAGGUGGUAAACAUGAGAGCCGAACGCGGUCGUCAGAAAGGGAGGGUUUGUAUUUAUUCACCCCCGAAAAAUAUUCCCAAGCUACUCUAAUACGACUGAAAAAUGUGUAGGUAUUACCUCAGUUUAGUAAGUUUGCCGAACAUUCUGAAUACCUCCUAGAUUCGCCACAAACAAGUGCGUAAUUUAUUCGUAAUAAUUGUUCGGCUUUCUCUCCCCACCCCUCUCCAACCAUAAAAUGCUCGGUCUAUAAAGAUGUAUUCAGUGUAUUCAGACGAAUUUAUUUAUAAAGAAACAUAUGUCAAGUGCCCUUUAAUUUAACUGACUACUAAUGUUUCGUAUAUUCAUUGUGAUAGAUGAAAAAUAUGUUAAUGACAGCCUUCCUUUAAAUUUUUUUUUUCUAGAUGUAGAUCCCAUGUUUAGUUAAAAUUUCUUGAAGCAUUAAACAGAAAAUUUGUUUUAGUUCUUAAAGACAUCGAUUUAAAGCGGUACUGGAUGCUUUUUUCAAAAAUUCAAAUGCCAGAGUUGAAGACAUCUUGAGUGUACGUACAGCUGGUUUCUAUUGUGUUAUAUGCUUGUAAUUGACAGCUACAUAUGACUUAAAAUUUUCCAUUUCAGAAUCGGAAAAUAUCAGAGCCACAGUAGUUUUAACGCUCAGCUCUCAUGGCGGAAAACGUUUGCGACAUUCUCAAAGAGUUUUUCUUUGGAACCUCCGCGGAUGUUGACGAUUUUCGUCCGGCACUCGUCGCUAAUUGUGUCUUCAACAGCUUUUUGUCUUAUAUAACCAUCAUUUCGAACAUUGUUACCAUCCAUGCGAUAAGGAAAACCAUUUUGUUGCCAAAACCUUUGAGAACGUUAUUACUGAGCCUGGCUGCCUCCGAUGUUGGCGUUGGUCUGUUGGUCCAACCACUCUACAUCUCUACUUUGGUCAGCCGGUUGAAACAAAAACGUAUCGACUGCAUUUCCCACAAGGGAUUGUUUGCCAUAAUUACUUUCUUUUGUACAUCCUCGCUCUUGAAUGUUGUAACCAUAAGUGUGGACAGGUUCUUAGCUGUUCAUCUUCAUCUCAGAUAUCAAGAACGUGUGACUCACAAGCGCGUCAUCGCUGCGGUGAUAUCAAUAUGGCUGUUAAGCGCAAUUAUUUCUUCGAGUGUCUUUUGGAAUCCACUGUUCAUCAUCUCACAGGUUGCAGGGUUCGUGAACAUGACUGUUUGCCUCAUUCUGGUAGUAAUUGUCUACUGGAGGAUUUAUAUUGUCAUAAAGCGACACAAAAUCCAUAUUGAAGGCCUUCAAAUCCAAGGAGUACAACAGGGAGUUCAAAAUGGCGACUUAUCUAACUUUUUGAAGCUUCGAAAGUCAGCUCUUGGAACAUUUUAUGUAUGUAUUGUGUUCUUGAUUUGUUAUUUGCCUUCCUAUAUUCUCUCUUUUUUAUUCCUGGCUCGCCUUUUAAGUCCAAUCUCUUUCUACGAAGCUUUACUCUAUACAACGACUUUGUUUUUCCUCAACUCGUCUUUGAACCCUGUUAUAUACUGCUUGAAGAUGGGAGCCAUUCGUCGCACUCUCAUCGACAUAAUGCGAGGCAUCGUCAAUCGAUUUAGAGAAUAG